AUUAGUGCCAACCAAUCGGCUAGCAGCCUGCUCUCACCACACUACUACUACUACUACUACUACUACUACUACUACUACUACUACUACUACUACUACUACUACUACUACUACUACUACUACUACUACUACUACUACUACUACUACUACUACUACUACUACUACUACUACUACUACUACUACUACUACUACUACUACUACUACUACUACUACUACUACUACUACUACUACUACUACUACUACUACUACUACUACUACUACUACUACUACUACUACUACUACUAUUACUACUACUACUACUACUGUAACAACAGAAGACAAGGGCCAGGCAACAGAUCGUUUUAUUAUGAAAAUCAACAC